CCUGACGCUCGCCCGAGGCAGGCCCCAAGGUGGCGGCGGCGCGCGCAGCAGCCCCGGCGUCGCCCCGCCAUGGCCGGCUGCGGGGCCCCGGGCUCCCCGUCGCAGCGGCACGGCCCCGGCUCGGUGCCGGAGGACGAGGAGGAGGAGGAGGACGACCCGGCCCUGGGCUGCGACGGCGACCUGGAGGUGAACCCGUACGACGGGCUGCCCUUCUCCUCCCGCUACUACGAGCUGCUGCGGCAGCGCCGGGAGCUGCCCGUGUGGACCGCCAAGUACAGCUUCAUGGAGCACCUGGAGGGCGGCGGCGGCAUCGUCCUCGUGUCCGGGCCCCCGGGCACCGGCAAGAGCACCCAGGUCCCGCAGUGGUGCGCGGAGUACGCCCUCUCCCUGCAGUUCGCGCACGGCCUGGUGGCCUGCACCCAGCCCCACAGCCUGGCCGCCCUCAGCCUCUCGCUGCGCGUGGCCGAUGAGAUGGACCUGAACCUGGGCCACGAGGUCGGCUACUGCGUCCCCCACGAGGACUGCUGCACCACCGAGACCAUCCUGAGGUACUGCUCGGACGAGAUGCUGCUGCGGGAGAUGACGUCGGACCCGCUGCUGCGGCAGUACGGGGUGGUGGUGCUGGACGAGGCGCAGGAGCGCACGGUGCCCACGGACGUGCUGCUGGGGCUGCUGAAGGACGUCCUGCGCCAGCGCCUGGAGCUGAAGGUGGUGGUGGUCACCUCGCCGGCCGCGGAGGAGCAGCUGCGCGCCUUCUGCGGGGACCCCCCCGUGGUGCGGGUGCCGGGGCCGGGGCCGCUGCCGCAGGUGCUCUACAGGGACCCCCCGGCCCGCGGCCGCGUCGCCGCAGCCUGCCAGGCCGUGCUGGACAUCCACCGGCGGCAGGAGCCCGGCCACGUCCUGCUCUUCCUGGCCAGCGAGCAGGAGAUUGCCGAGUGCUGCAGGGCCAUCCAGACCGAAGCCAUGGCGCUGAACCCGGGGCUGGGCCCGCUGCUGGUCCUGCCCCUGCACCCCGGCGUCGGACGCGCAGCACAGAAGGUGUACGAGGCGCUGGAGGAGGGCGGCCGGGAGCGGCGGGUGGUCGUCACCCACUGGCUCGGGGACUCCUCCUUCUCUCUGGGGAGCGUGCGCUUUGUCAUCGACACGGGGCUGGAGCUGCGCAGCGUCUACAACCCCCGGAUCCGAGCAGAGUCCCAGGUGCUGCGGCCCAUCAGCAGGAGCCAGGCGGAGUCGCGCAUGCAGCGAGCUGCCGGCAGCCCCCAGGGUACCUGCCUGCGCCUCUACUCGGAGGCCUUCUUCGAGCAGCGCCUGCCCCCCAGCCCCGCGCCCCACGUCAGCGAGACCAGCCUCAGCCGCCUCGUGCUGCUGCUGAAGCGCCUGGACAUCGCUGACAUGGGCCAGUGCGACUUCCUCGACCGGCCAGCCCCCGAGUCACUGAUGCAGGCGCUGGAGGACCUGGACUACCUGGCGGCACUGGAUGAUGACGGGAACCUGUCGGAGGUGGGGAUCAUCAUGUCGGAGUUCCCCCUGGACCCCCAGCUGGCCAAGGCGCUCAUCGCCUCCUGCGAGUUCGACUGCGUGGAGGAGAUGGUCAGCCUGGCCGCCAUGCUCACAGUCCCCCCCUGCUUUGUGCCCCCUUCCACGCGCCUGGAGGAGGCUGUGACCAUGCGCCGCCGGGCCCUGCUCCACCCGGACGGAGACCACUUCACCCUCAUCAACAUCUUCAACGCCUUCCAGCAGCACAACGCGGACGAGGGCUGGUGCCGCAAGCACGGGGUGAGCGGGGAGGCGCUGCGCCUGGCGGGCAUCGUGCGGGCUGAGCUGCUGGAAGUGAUGCAGCGCAUCGAGCUGCCCGUCUCGCCCCCCGCCUUCGGCACCGACGCCAACGUGCUCAACAUCCAGCGAGCGCUCAUCUCUGGCUACUUCCUCAAGGUAGCUCAGGACAUCGAUGGCUCCGGCAACUACGUGAUGCUGACGCACAAGCACGUGGCCCACCUGCCCCCCGCAUGCUGCUACCUGCUGCAGCAGCCCCCCCAGCGCCUGCCCCCCUGGGUCCUCUACCACGAGUUCACCAUCUCGCAGGACAACUGCCUCCGCGUGGUCUCAGAGAUCCAGCCCCAGAUGCUGGUGGAGCUGGCACCCCAGUACUACCUGAGCAACCUGCCGCCCAGCGAGAGCCGUGACCUGCUCAUGGAGCUGCGAGAGAAGGUGGUGGCCGCAGAGGAUGUCCCUGUGGUGCCCGAGCCCCUGGGGGAGGCGGCCGCCAGGGAGGACGAUGAGAACCAGGACGUCUGCGUGCUGCAGUGAGCGGGAGCUGCCGGAGCCACCUCGGCUUGGCUGGGACAGCAGGGGCCAGGGAGCCCCGGGGAGACGGCGCUGCAACGAGGGCUGACCCCAUCCUGGGGAGGCGCAGGCUCUCUGCUGCUGCUCUGACAGCUCCGCACCACGGCCGUGCCACAGGACUGGCCUCUGCCUUCGGCCCCAGGGAAAACACACGGGUUUGAGGAGUGCUGGCCCCGUCCCUGGACCAGGACAGUGGUGGGGAGCCUCCCCUAGGUCUGCUGGCCCUGCCCCUCUUCCUCGCCACACGCGGGGGGCAGCCCCUCAGGGGCCGUGGGGCCGCUUGUGGAUUUCUCCUGUAUAAAGUUUUGUGACCUUU